UUUUUUAAACACCUGUCUUCUUGCUACACCCCAUAACAGUACAAUGUAGCGGCUUCAUAAAUCGGCUAAUAGAAAAGUUCAGGCUGACACUGGCUCACAGUGUGAGGGUUAGAAGGCUGGUGUGGAGUGAUUAGAUGUGUGAGCUGCAAGCCCUUAGCCCCGUGUCACACACUCCUUCCCCGGCCGCUUCUCAAUCUCUACAGUCAGUGGAUUUGUUAUUUUUUAACCAGAGCUGAACGUUGACCUAGUUACAUCUCAGUGAAUACUGCUCACUCUUCGGGACACGCCUGCGCGCUGUGAGUGCCAAUAAAGCUUGUUUAAAAGAAGAGGUAAAAAAAAAAAUCUCCGGCACAGACAGAGGGAAGGGGGAGUCUGAAUGUUUAGUUGAGAGGAGGCAGCAGAGCGGUGGGAUCGAGUUGGAGGAUUAUCAGCCGGCUGGACAUCACCACUGAGGGAACGAGGCACCUUCUCGGCGUGUGGACAAGAGGCACCGGCUACACAUGAGCCCCUGCCAGUCCCUGUUCCCCCCGGCGUUGUUACUCCGCUCACUGUUGUGUCUGUCCUGCAAGUUCCUAGGACCCUGGGAUAUGUCAGCAAUGAAUGAAGCUUUGCAGCCAGGACUCUGCUUGAUUGUAAAUCCAUUGUAAGAAGAGACAUGGCUGGUUAGUUAGACUCUAGCGGAGGAUAGUCCUAUUUCUGCUUUAACUCCUGAGUGUCGGCUCAAUUGCAAUGGCCACACAUUGUCCUGGAGCAGAAGACAUCGGCACCAUCUCGGACGAGGAGCUGCUGCGCUGGAGCAAAGAGGAGCUGAUCAAGAGGCUGAGGAAAGUGGAGAAUGAGAAGAUGAGCCUGAUGGUUGAGCAUGGGAAUAUGAUGAAGGAUGUCAACAGGAGGCUUCAGCUCCAUCUCCAUGAGAUCAGGGGGCUAAAGGAUGUCAACCAGAAACUUCAGGAUGACAGCCAGGAGCUAAGGGAACUCUGCUGUUUCUUGGAUGAUGACAGACAGAAGGGCAAGAAACUGUCCAGGGAAUGGCAGAGAUUUGGUAGGCACUCAUCCACUGCAAUGUGGAAGGAGGUUGGGGUUUACCAGCAGAAGCUGAAGGAGCUGGAGGCAAAGCAGGAGUCCUUAGUAAGGGACAACCUGGAGCUGAAGGAGAUCAUCCUCAUGUUAGAUGAGGAGAGGAAUGGUGCUGGCUCCAGAAGCUCUAUCGAUAGCCAGAACAGCUUGACAAAUUUGAAUGGAGGUUCUGGCCCUAGAGAUGUGGGGGAUGGCAGCAGCACUUCCAGCACUGGCAGCGCAGGUAGCCCCGACCACCACCACCACCACCAACACCACAUUAAACCGACCGAGAACAAAGCUGGGACAAUCCGGAAAUCAACUGAUGAUCUGUCCAUCCCCCCUCACCACAGAAGUAUUCCCAAUGGCUUGAAUGAUUCCUCGACUACUUACAUUCGGCAGCUAGAGACCAGAGUCAAACUCCUUGAGGAUGACAACAAGCUUUUGUCCCAGCACUCUACCUCUGGAACUUUAAGAAAAGGCUUAUCUCCAUACCACUCUGAAUCCCAGCUGUCAUCACUGCCUCAAUACCAGGAGCCUCUGCAGAACGGCUCCGCUCGCGUUACACCUGAGAUUUCAUCCACUUCUCCUGCUGGCUACAUCCCUGUGGUGCAGAAACCAGAAGCAGUUGUCCAUGCAAUGAAGGUUCUUGAGGUGCAUGAAAACUUGGACAGGCAGAUGUCAGACACCUAUGAGGAAGACCUCAGUGAAAAGGAGAAGGCGAUUGUCCGAGAAAUGUGCAACGUGGUCUGGCGAAAGUUGGGGGACGCAGCUAAUUCAAAACCAUCCAUCCGACAACACCUUUCAGGCAACCAGUUCAAAGGACCCUUGUAGGAACCAAGAAUGGAGGCACUAGAGAAAAAAAAGCAUCUCAAGACAGCACAGGGCACAUUUUCACCAAUAAAAUGUGGAUAUUGUAAAUAUGGCUUAUUAUAUUACCAGGAGGACUGGUCUAAUAGACUGUAAAUAUAUCUGACUGCCUGAAAAGAAAAGAAUACAUAUUUUGUAUUGUAGAUCACUUGCUGUACAGAAUGUAGAUAAACUCAAAUAUGGUAGAACCAAAGCACUAACCUGUGAAUUAGGUGUAACAGUGCUUUCAUUUGAUAAAUGGUUUACUUA